AUGGCUUCUGCCCCUGAUACCACAUCCAUCCCGGGAUACACGAUCUUCCGGGAGGGCGACUAUGACAGCGUCGCUGCCACUGCCAUGCUCCCGCAGGGCGUUCCCCACCCGCUAGACCAGCUUACCAUUCGGGAAAUCCCCGAUGCGGCCAAGAUUGUCCGCGACCAUGCUAGCCCCAGGACCGUCAAGUUCAACUGCAUCACUCUGCGCGAGCCGCGCAAGGCCGAGUACCAGGCCUUCCGGGCUGGCAAGACUGCCGCGCCCGACCGCCGCGCGUUCGCCAUCAUCAUCGAGCGCGAGACGCAACAAGUCGCCGAGGUCGUUGUCAACCUGAAGACCAAGAAGGUUGAGGAGUGGAAGGCCGUGAAGAAUGUUAUGCCCACGCUCACUCUGGAGGACCUCGAUGUCAUGGAGCGCAUCGCCCGCGAGGACGCCCGCGUCAUCCGUGCCUGUGCUGAGAUCGGUAUCACCGAUAUGAGCAAGGUCUUCCUCGAUGCCUGGGCCAUUGGUAUCGAUGAGCGCUGGGGCUUUGAGCGCCGUCUCCAGCAGGGUCUGGCUUACUACCGUGCCUCGGAGUUUGACAACCAGUACGCCCAUCCUCUGGAUUUCUCCGUGGUCGCCGACACCGAGACCGAGGAGGUCCUUAGCGUUGACGUUCGCACGGUAAAUGGCGAGCGCGUUCCCGUUCCUCUCAAGGAGCACAACUACCUCCCCGAGUUCAUUGGCGAUGGAUAUAUCCACGACCGCCUCAAGCCGAUCGACAUCACCCAGCCUCAGGGUGUUUCCUUCAAGGUCCGCGGCAACGAGCUGUCUUGGGCCAACUACAAGAUGCACAUCGGCUUCAACUACCGCGAGGGUAUCGUCAUCUCCGAUGUUCGCUCCCACGACAUGUACGAGGACCGCGAGCGCACUCUGUUCAACCGUAUCUCCGUCGUCGAGAUGGUCGUCCCCUACGGCUGCCCCGAGAAGCCUCACCACAAGAAGCACGCUUUCGAUGUCGGCGAGUACGGUACCGGUCUCAUGACCAACUCCCUGAAGCUGGGUUGUGACUGCAAGGGUGCUAUUCACUACAUGGACGGUGUCAUGUCUACCUCCAACGGUGAGGCUGCUGUCAUCAAGAACGCCAUCUGCAUUCACGAGGAGGACAACGGCCUCCUGUACAAGCACACCGACUACCGUGACGGCACCGUGAUCUCGGCCCGUGACCGGAAGCUCAUCAUCUCCCAAAUCAUCACUGCCGCCAACUACGAGUACGGCUUCUACCACACUUUCACCCUGGACGGCACCUACAAGCUCGAGAUGAAGCUCACCGGUAUGCUGAACACCUACUCUCUCCACGAGACCGAGCAGGCCGCUCCCUACGGCACCCAAGUCGCCCCUCAAAUCACCGCCCACAACCACCAGCACAUCUUCUCUCCUCCCGACGCCGUCUCCGCCGACCACGCCGUCGGCUCUCCAGAGAACCCUUACGGCAACGCCUUCCUCAGCAAGAAGACCCCUCUCCGCACAUCCCUCGAGGGCGCCGCCGACUACUGCUACGAGACCCAGCGCUCCUGGGACAUCAUCAACCCCAACCGCAUGAACCCCAUCGCCAAGAAGCCCAUCGGCUACAAGAUCCUUAACAACAACUGCCCCCCUCUGCUCGCCAAGCCCGGCAGCACCGUCUACAACCGCGCCGGCUUCGCCCGCAAGCCCCUCUGGAUCACCCCCUACAAGGACUACGAGCUCUUCCCCGCUGGCGACUACGUGUGCCAGUCCACCGGCGAGGAGAACCACCCCCACAACUCGACCAUCGUCGACUGGGCCAAGCGCAACGAGAACAUCGAGAACACCGAUAUCGUCUGCUACCUGCAGUUCGGCCUCACCCACUUCCCCCGUACUGAGGACUUCCCCAUUAUGCCAGCCGAGCCCGUCAGCAUCAUGCUGCGCGCGUCCAAUUUCUACGAGAAGAACCCCGGUCUGUGGGUGCCGCCUUCGGCGAUUUGUGUCGAUACCCAGUCGACGAAUGCGUUUUCCUCGUCGUGCUGUGCCGCUAAUGCUCCGGUCAGCUCGUCGAGAUUGUAA